UCCUGGGUGGGAACCCCACCCACCCAGGCAGAUAUACCCUACCUAUGAAAGUAGAUAAGCUCAGAAUCACAUAGAGGCAAAUGAAUUUCUCAGGCUGAAAAUCAAGUAACUGUCACAGGUAGGAUUUGGAAUUAGAUUUUCCAACUCUUAAAUCCACCAUUCUAAUUCACUAUUCCAUGCUGCCUCUUGUAGAAUAUAAUUUUUGACCUUUUUAAAAAGCAAUCCACCAUUUCUGGACUUUCAACCUAUCAUCAGAAGAGAGUAAGAGGGGAAGAAAGGAGAGGGAGGAGAUGAGAGAGUGAAUGAGAGAGAUGAAAAUAACCUUGGACUUGAACAAGAGAACAAAAAAGAGAGUUCAAACCCAAGAUAAGUAGGAAGAAGACAAGAGAGCACCGAGUUGUUAAAAUCACGGAAACAGAUAAACUGCAUCCCAGAGGACUGAAAGAACCAGCAGGAAAAUAAACGCUUACACAUAGGGGUCGGCGGAUUGGUCUGUGUAUACAAAAAGACUGAAAAUUCACCUGUCAAAAGAAAACUAUGAGGAGUAUUUCACAGACUUUGGUGGAUGAUUUCUGGGGUGAAGAUCAAAAGGAGCUGGUGUGGAGAAUAAGGAAGUGGAAUGUAAGCUGGAAAGCACAAGUCCAAGAGGAGCACUGAGGUCAUUUGCCUGUUGAAUGCUUCUUCCAGAAAACUCCGUUAACUGGUUUUGUUUGGCAAAGAGCUUCAUUUGGUGACAGUGCUGGACUCCAUACUGAAUGUAAAAGCUUCUUGGUCAACUGAGCUGGAAGGUAGAUUUUUUUUUUCCUUUUUUUCAAAAAACAAAAGUAUGUGCCUGUGUCUGUAGAGAUGAUUUGUAGUUCAGCGAGGCUGGAGCUGACCGAAUGAGACUAUGGGCUGUGCCUCCGCCAAGCAUGUUGCCACUGUUCAGAAUGAAGAGGAAGCCCAGAAGGGGAAAAACUACCAGAAUGGAGAUGUGUUUGCUGAUGAGUAUAGGAUCAAACCUGUGGAAGAGGUCAAAUACAUGAAAAAUGGGGCAGAAGAUGAACAGACAAUAGCAGCCAGGAACCAAGAAAACUUGACUUCAGAAAUGUCUGAUUUACAAAUAAUGUCUGAAUAUUUUGGGCACCUUGGAAGAGUAGCAACCGACCUAAGUCCACUGAUCACCCUCUCUCAUGUAUAUUCAAUUUCCACUGAAGAUCAGGAUGAGAAUUGCGACUUUGUUUCAUCAUGGCAUGAAGGUGACGUUGACCCUGUCUGCCAGCCCUACCCUACAAAGGAAAAAAGUGCCAGUGCAAAUGUAAAACUUAAGCCUGCUAAAGAGGUUCCAGGAUUGGUACAUCAACCUAGAUCAAACAUGCACAUCUCUGAAAGCCAACAAGAAUUCUUCAGAAUGCUGGAUGAAAAAAUUGAAAAGGGUCGUGAUUACUGUUCAGAAGAAGAAGAUAUCACAUAGUGCCAAUUCUACUAGUCAAAACAGGAAUUACUACUGUGUAAAUAGAUUACAACCCAGUUGAGAUCUUUGGGAAGGUCGUCUACAACACACACACAAAAACAGCACUACAUAAUAAAAGAAGAUCGAUCGUCUCCAUAUUGUAUGCCCCAUUCACUUACAAUGUUUCUUAAUGAACUUGCAAAGGAAUAUUGCUAAGAACUGUUCUAAAACUUUGUUGCUGCUAGUUAAAACUUGUUGCAACUUUUCACUCCUCUUGUGUCCAGGUAUGCAGCAAAAUUCUUAAAUUUCACCUUACAGACACGGUUGUUCUUACAGAUGCUGCCCAGCUGAUUUUCUAUCAGAUGAAAUAGUGAUGAACUCAAAUACCAAACUUCCAUUUCUAGAAGGUUCCAGCUUUUCUGAUACCUUUUCCCCUCCCCUCCUCUCUUUAAAGCUGUUUGUCAGCCCAGAGAUGGGCCAGAAUAUUGCUUCUUACUGGCGAUUUUGAGCUGGGGAGAUGGGGAUGGUUGCUAUGGCAAGCCUUGUUUCUCUGCUAAGAAGAAAUGGAGAAGCUACUAUCUAUUAAAAGCAUGUUGUCCCAUGAAUACUGGAAGUGAUGCCGGAGCAGCAGUUUGCCUCACUUACUAGGUAUCUUAAUCAAGGACUAAGCUUGCAGUUUUGGCUUUGCUCAGACGCAAAUGGAAGUGUGAUCGCAAUCAUUUUGAAUCCCUUUUUUUUUCUAAGGAAAUAAACAUUUUACUGUUUUUAUGUAUCUUGUCUUCUACCAUUCAUCUAGCCCAGUUUUUUUGUUUGUUGGUUGGUUUUUUGUUUUUUUUUUUUAAACAAAUAUCUUGGGUUUUUACAAGUAUCUCGUGGGUAGACGCCAAGGCCUUUUGUUGCAAUACUGAUGUUAGGCUAAAUUGCCUCCCUGCUCUUCCCAUUUAUCCUUUCCCAGGUUUUACCAGGGCAAAGGAGAAGAGGCAUAUAGCCCCCUCCUUUUUUAACAGAGCACCAAACUAUAACAUUAUUUUUAUUUUUUGCCACCAAAUACAGCAUCCCAUUUCUUUAUUUCCCCUUAUAACAGGUACAGGAACCUUUCCUUUUCUUAUUUUCCUCUCUCCAAGGACUAGUUUUGUAUAUGUACAAGGUUUUGACCUUCUGGGAAAAAAAAUGCUCAAGUAUACUGGUCAUGGUUGUUGAAGAAGCUAACAGCCAGAAGUACCUGGGCAGCAAUGGGGAAUGUUGAUUGUGUGUUCUGUAGAGUUUAUUUUUCCAUAUUAUACAAAGAGGAUGAUCUCUUCUCAAAGACAGAGGUAAUAUUUUUAACAAAUAUUGUCACAAGUAAAUAGUAAUCAUAAGGGGGAAAAAAACUUUUGUAUUUUUUUAAAUGAGUUUGAUAGCUUUGAUGAGGGCUCUCUUUGUUACUUUCAGGAGGAAGGGCUACCAUAAUGAAUGCAUUGCGAUGCUGGUCAUGAGGUUCUGGGGCUUUGUCCACAUAGUCCACAUGGCAUAAGUUCAGUCACAAAGAUUAUUCCAUCUUCUCCAGUCUUGGAUUGUGACCUUGAAAGGGAGGCACUUGUGAAUUCAUUAACACUGCCACCCUGUGAUGUUUAGUGGUUCAGACUUUCCAGGGAGUAAAAAAAGAUUUUCUGCCAGGGAAGAGAUCAUGGUUCUAAAUGUAUUCUUGAUGAAAGGAUGAGAUAGGACUUCAAAUGGACUUCACCUAAUUGAUGGCAGCCAUUCAUUCAUGUGCCAACUGCAUUUGUUUUCCUUGGUUUUGGAUGAGGGGAAACUGAAGAUGGAAGAACUUUAGUCAAAGGGAUGAGGAGCAAGGACUUAAACAUUAUCAACAACAAUAACAAAAACAAGCCUUCUUUCAAGCCAGCAUAGCAGAUAUUUGGGGAGCAAUUGUGAUGGUUACAUAAAUAGGGAUAAAGCCAAAUUGUAAGACUUUUUAUCCUGAUCCAAACAGGAAAAUGUCAGUUCAAGUCUCCAGGCUUUGGAAGGCAUUUUGCUCCCUUCAUCCUCCAUUCUCACUCAUGGUUUUGGUCAAGGGAUUUAACUGGUUUUCCUCAAGUGAACUGAAGGUUAGUUACAGUCUGGGUACCUAAUUCUACCUCUCCCACUCCCCACUCCAUACCCAGUCCAAAAACUUCUUGCCUUGGAUUCUAGCAAUUUGAUGAUAUGAUUGUGGCAUUUUCCAUGAUGGCUCCUUUAUUGGUAUUGAUCAUAAACCAAAAAAAUAUGGAUUUGAAUCUCCACACUGUCCUUUUCUACCUGUGUGACCUUGAGAGGUCAUUCAACCUCUCUGUGCUUCAAUUAUUUUGUAUUUAAAAUGAAGGGGUUGCACUAGAACACCUCCAAAAUUGCUGCCAUCCCUAAAUCUGAUUCCAUAAUUAAGUUGGUUAAAUCAAGUCUUCCAUGUGACUCCCAAACUUGGUGUCUCACUGUCUUCCCUAGAAAAUGACUACCUUUCCCCCCCACACUUCAGUUUCCAUAAAAAGCAUUUUUAAAAAACAUUCUGAUAUGUUGCACAUCUAUGAGGAAUAAUGUUCUUCAAGAGUCCAGCCUUUAAUCAUUUGAAUGAAACCAGAUGGGUCCCCUCCAUGGACCCAGCGGCUUCCCACUGGAGGUGCUCUUGGGUGUCAUGCUUAACAAUGAGCCCCUAUCUGAUGUGCACAAGUGAUUUCAUCUGUAGUCACAUUUGGCAGAUCUAGAAAUAGAUCUGGGAAAUGGGGUGGUUGAGCUGGUUGGCACGAAAUGCCUGAUUGUGUUAACAACAUUCAAAACUGUCUGUUUUCCAUUUGUUGGUUCUAAUCAUAAAAUUGUCAAAUGAC